UGCCUGCCCGGUGAAGGCCGGGGAUGAGCCAGUCCACAAGAAGCCUGUCGUUAUGGCAAACCCUAUAACGGUUCAGGGAGGCAGCCCUGCACCGCAACCCCAGCGAGUUGCAGCAGAGAGCAGCAUCGGCUCCUGAACAGCUCCACCUUCACUUCUUGGCAGCAGAAGACCCUCCUCCUCAGCAGCGUGUCGCCAAUGAGUGGGCACGCCAAUGUCGCCUUCAACGGGGACGAGAUGGUGAAGGCGCCGGAGCAGAGGAGCAUGGACAAGGAGAAGGAGAGCCGGGCCAAGAAAGACGACCCGUGGGCGGUGCCGGAGAUGGUGGACGACAGCUCCAAGUGGGGGGUGGACUUGAGGAUCGAUGACACAGGCAAACCGUGGAAAGAGAUGACCACGUCGGAGAAGGUGCUGCGGGUGUGCAUCAACACGUGCAAGGUGAUGGCCGUGUUUGUGCUGCUCUACUUCUUUAUCUGUUCCCUCGACUUCCUCUCCUCCGCCUUCAGACUCAUCGCCGGACCCACGACGGGUGACAUCAUGUCCAACCAGUACAUCCAGAACCCCGUCGUGGGCCUGAUGAUCGGCAUCCUGGUGACGGUGCUGGUGCAGUCCUCCUCCACCUCCACCUCCAUCAUCGUGUCCAUGGUGUCGGCAGGCAUUUUGGACGUGCACGACGCCAUCCCGAUGAUCAUGGGCUCCAACAUCGGCACCUCCGUCACCAACACCAUCGUGUCCUUGACGCAGGUUGGCGAUCGUAACGAGUUCCGGAGAGCCUUUGCCGGCGCGACCGUCCACGACAUGUUCAACUGGCUGGCCGUGAUCACCUUGCUCACCAUCGAGCUGGCCACAGGCAUGCUGGAGAAGCUGACCGGCGCCAUCGUGGACUCUGACGCUCUGAGCGGGGGCGGCGGCGAGGUCAAGAUCCUCAAGUACAUCACCGAGCCCUUCACCAACCUUGUGGUUCAGCUGGACAAGGAUGUGUUGACACACUGGAGCGUUGGAGGCUGCAAGAUGAACUCUACCACUCUCAUCAAGACAAGCUGUGCCAAGAAGAGCGAAAACAUUACUACUGAUCUUUCAACGCUCACAACAACCACUACAACCACGGUGGCCACUAUUGGCACUUCCACUGAAGCAAGUUAUGUGAGCUGCCUGACAGAGCCAGACGGCACCUGCCACUUCCUCUUCUACGACACCUCCCUCACAGACAUGCAAAUUGGAAUCAUUCUCUUGAUUGCCUCUCUGAUCAUCCUCUGCACAGCUCUCAUCAUCAUCGUCAAGAUCCUCAAUUCCAUGAUGAAGGGCAAAAUGGCCGUCAUCAUCAAGAAGACCAUCAAUGCUGAGGUUCCCUACAUCCCCUGGAUCACCGGCUACAUCGCCAUCCUGGUGGGAGCGUUCAUGACCUUCAUCGUCCAGUCGUCCUCCAUUUUCACCUCCACACUCACUCCUCUCAUCGGUAUUGGCGUGAUAACCAUUGAGCGGUCUUACCCCCUCACGCUGGGCAGCAACAUUGGAACCACCACCACUGCACUGCUUGCGUCCAUGGCCGGCAGUGGAUCCACCCUUGUUGAUGCCAUCCAGAUUGCUUUGGUCCAUCUCUUCUUCAACAUCUUUGGAAUUAUGCUCUUCUACCCGAUCCCAUUCAUGAGGUUCCCGAUCCCUCUCGCCAAGAAGCUCGGAGAGACGACAGCAAAGUAUCGCUGGUUCGCCGUCCUGUACUUGUUCGUCAUGUUCUUCUUCCUGCCUGGAUUUGUCUUCAUCCUUUCCCUUGGCGGCCCGCUGGUCAUGGGUAUCGUGGGCAUCCCUCUCAUCGUGAUCCUGGGACUUGCUGUCAUCAUCAACGUUAUCCAAGCCAAGAAAAGGAGCAUACUGCCAAAAUUCCUGCAGACCUGGGACUGGCUGCCCAAACCCCUGCACUCCCUCCAGCCCUAUGAUGCUUGCUGCCUCUCCCUCCCCUGCUGCAAGUCAUGUCGCGAGGCAAACAAUGAUGACGACCUGAGCCAAGUUGAGGUGACCAAAGAAAACGCAGCCGACAACCCAGCCUUUGAGAGCACAGACACCAAGUUCUGAUAGCAGCGGGACUUUAUAUUAGUAAUUUAAAACUUUACACUUAGGAGAGAUAAGUUUGCCAACUCGUAAGCUGCAUCCCAAAUUAGUUCUCACACAGGGAAAAAAACUGCUUGGGAGAAUUGAUCUGAGGUAUGAAAAUGAGAUAACAGUAAGAAAAAAAGAUUGGUAAACAUUUUUCAUUUUGACACGUUCAUUUUUGUAUCUCAGUUCCGUUUCCUGGAGUAGUAACUUUCUUCCCUGACAUGAGUGACGGUUGGGAUGGUGUGUAUGGACUGCCGAAGGUACAUCAAUAGUUCAUGUCUUCAGCCACUUGCCCUUCACCCAGCAAGGAUGAAAGCUAUUAGCAAGACAACAUUCCCUGUGAGGGCUGUUUGGUGCCUUCUAAAAUCAUCUGCCUGGACAUGUAAGACAAGUUAAGGCAUAUGUUCACAAGUUUGUACGCACCGCUCCACUUGCUACUCCUGCCUGGGAAAAAAAAAACUUGGGAAAAUUAAGUUGAAGUAUAAAACUGAAAGGUUAUCAAUAUGAAGGAUGCUUAUAUAAUCUCUAACACCAAUGACCAGUCUUCCAGAGUGAAAGUUCAUUAAUCUGAAUUUCACUCUUCAGAAAAUUCAAUGGCCUAAAUUCAUGCUAGUAAAAAACUAUCAUCUUCAAGAAACAAGUCAUAUUUCUUGAGGGCAGGCAUGAAUCAUAAAUAACAAAUGUCUUGAAGGCAGAAAAUUAUAUUCCACCCCUAGAAACAGACUGAAUCCUUGAAGGCAGGAUAUCAUGACCCCAAAAGACAGCUGUCUGAAUCUGGAGCACAGGAAAUUACUGUCACAACUUAAGGACAGACGGACUUUUGCUCCACUAAAUGGAAGUUGGUAAACAAACCCUUCAUGCUCAACUUAUAGAAUAGCUCUACAUUGCCUUGUCUUUUAACUAUUCUGAAUAUUUAAUACAGAAGUUGUUCCUCCAUUUCAGGCAUGCCAUAGACACUCGUGUAAAAGUCAAUCUCUUGUGAUAGCCAGCCCCCCAAAACUACGAUACAUUAAUUUGAAGAAUAAAUUCAUUAUAGUAGUGAUAGAAGUAGUAGCAGUAGCAGCAGUAGUAGAAGUAGUAGUAAUAGAAGUAGCAAUCCCCUUAAAAAAAGUAGUAUCCUUGUAAGUCAAUCCCCUAAACACGGUUGAUAAAAAAUCAUUAAAAGUUUGACUUCAACGCGAGUCUGUACAGUAAGCAAGUGCCAAGCACAGUCUGUGCCGCAGCACCGUGAUGGUCUUUCAAUAGUGUAAAGAGCCAAGAGUCACCUCCAUUUGGUAUGUUAUAAAGUCAUCAGUAUUUAUUGUCAGGAUGCUCUUGGAAUAAGUUUUAUCCACAGUUCAUUAUUACAUCCCCAUCCUCAUAUCACCAUCAUCAAGCAUUUAUAUAGUACAUUUCAUGAAAACAUCAUCACAUAGUCACGUGUCAUCAUUUUGUAUUAACUUUUUACUUCAAAACUUUUGUGAUAGGUUCUAAUUAGAUGUAAUGAUCUAAGCCAAAGAAGUUGCAUUCCCCUUCUACACUAACCCUUCCGGCUGGCAGGUUCUGCGCUGAGAACAUGCCUGCCAGCAACAUUCCCACAGCCAGUGUGGGCACUAUUAGGUUUUAGUAACAUUGCUUCAUUGGGUUUUAUUCUAGGUAGGAAAAUUGGACACAUACAUUAGAAUUGCCAUUUUAAUGUUUUAGUUGUGAUAGACUUUGUUCAAAUUCAGUAAAUUUAGGUAGGAAAAGCUGUGACAUUGCUUUAUUUUUUUUCUUGGAAAGCAAAUUUCAAACAUUUUUAGUUGACAUGAUUCAUGUAAAUUCAAUCACUUUCUGGGGCAAAUUCUGACAUUUUAGCCAUGACAUUGCAUGCAAACACAUCUCUUGUGACCUAAUCAUUCUCUUUCUAUCAACAUUUACUGCAAAUAAACAUAUAAGUAGAAAGGAUGUCCAUACACAGCUGUGUGUGUGUGUGUGUGUGUGUGUGUGUGUGUGUGUGUGUGGAUAUAUAUAUAUAUAUAUAUAUAUAUAUAUAUA